AGCCCAGGAGCCCUGGCAAGAUGCUGAGCCUGUGGUUUGUGACCCUUCUCUUGGUGGGGACCUCCAGUGCUGGGACCCCGGCACCUGUCUCUCAGAACGACCUGGUGGGCAUUGUGGGUGGCCACAGUGCCCCCCAGGGGAGGUGGCCAUGGCAGAUCAGCUUGAGGGUCUACAGCUACCGCUGGGCUGCAUGGGUGCACAUCUGUGGGGGUUCCCUCAUCCACCCACAGUGGGUGCUGACUGCUGCCCACUGCAUUGGCCGGAAAGAUGCUGACCCAUCAGCCUACCGGGUCCAGGCUGGGAACGUUUUCCUCUAUGGGGACACGAAGCUGUUGCAUGUGAACCGGGUCAUCGUCCACCCUGACUAUGUGAAUGCCUUCUUGGGCUCAGACGUGGCCUUGCUGCGUCUGGCGAAACCUGCAGUGUGCUCUGCCAACAUCAAGCCCGUCAGGCUCUCCUCCCUGUCUGAUAGUAUCACCCCAAGGGACCAGUGCUGGGUGACUGGCUGGGGCGCCAUCAGCAUGUUUGGCUCCCUGCCCCCACCCUUCCGCCUGCAGCAGGUGGAGGUGCAGGUGGUGGAGAAUGCAGUCUGCGAGCAACAGUACCACAACGCCAGCAGGCACCGCCACAGGGACCGGAGGAUCAUCUUGGACGACAUGCUGUGUGCGGGCAGUGAGGGCCGCAGUGCCUGCUAUGGUGACUCUGGAGGGCCCCUAGUGUGCAAAGUGACAGGCUCCUGGAGGUUGGUGGGAGUGGUCAGCUGGGGCAUCGGCUGUGCCCUCCGCGACAUUCCUGGGGUCUAUGCUCGGGUCCAGUCUUUCAUGCCAUGGAUCCAGCAGCACAUGAGGAGGUACACCUUUGUGCCCCGUGCGGAGGGGCGGGAGUGGGCGCCGCAGUGGGGAGAGGAGCUCAGAGGAGCCAGACCCUUCCGCGGGAAGGUGCGGGAGGCGGCCAUGCACCGCCUUGCCCAAACACCCCCGACACCGCCAAGCCGCGGAACUUCACUUACAGAUGACCAUGAACUCCACGACAGCGCCAAGCGCGGUCGCGCAGCCCCAGGGUCUCCAGGACCACCCCGGCAGCCAGCGCGCACCGAUGCGGACCCGGAGAAGGACCCGGAGACCCCUGUGAAGGUGGGACUCCCGGCUCUCCGCAUGCGGUUCCCUGCCUACGGGAUGACUGGAGGCCCGCUGACCUGCCAGGUGGAUGGGACCUGGUUGCAGGCUGGCGUGGUCAGCUGGGGCGAGGCUGUGUCCAUCCUUACCAGCCUGGGGCCACAGCCACAUACCCAUGUGAACUGGAUCCUCACCCCAGAAUUGGGGGCCUUGGGGCUGGGAAUUCUAGGGCUCCCCUGGCCCCUUCUCCUGGCUGGGCUCUUCCUGCUGGUCUUCCUGCUGCUGCUGCUGCUGGCCUCCUGCAUCCUGAUGCUGAAUCUGCUGGUGCUGGCACUGUCAUUUCUGUCCAGCAUGGUCCAUGGGGCCCCUGCCCCAGGCCCAGCUCUGGAGCGAGUGGGCAUCGUGGGAGGACGGGAGGCCCCUGAGAGCAAGUGGCCCUGGCAAGUGAGCCUGAGACUCAACAUCAGAUACUGGAUGCAUGUGUGUGGAGGCUCCCUCAUCCACCCACAGUGGGUGCUGACCGCUGCUCACUGCGUGGGACCAGAAAUCAGAAGCCCAGAGUUCUACCGGGUACAGCUUCGCCAACAGCACCUUUACUACCGAGACCAGCUGCUGGCCAUCAGCAGGAUCAUCCCUCACCCCAACUACUAUAUUGUGGAGGAUGGGGCGGACAUUGCCCUGCUGGAGCUCGAGGAUCCAGUGAACAUUUCCAGCCAUGUUCACCCCAUCUCUCUGCCCCCUGCCUCGGAGACCUUCCCCUCUGGGACACCGUGCUGGGUGACAGGCUGGGGGAAUGUGCAUGAUGGCGAGUCCCUCCCACCACCGUUUCCCCUGAAGCAGGUGAAAGUCCCGAUUGUGGAAAACCACCUUUGUGACGCGCAGUACCACACAGGGCUCUACACAGGGGACAGCGUUCACAUUGUCCGUGAUGACAUGCUGUGUGCUGGGAACAAAGGGCACGACUCCUGCCAGGGUGACUCUGGAGGGCCCCUGGUCUGCAAGGUGAAGGGUGCCUGGCUGCAGGCGGGCGUGGUCAGCUGGGGUGAGGGCUGUGCUCAUGUCAACCGGCCGGGCAUCUACACCCGUCUUACCCACUACUUGGACUGGAUCCACCGCUAUGUCCCCAAGGUCCCCUGAGCCAGGUUGGCAGGGUUGCCACCCAGAUCAGGGCAUCAUCAGUCCUCUCCUGCCUCAGCACACUGUUUUCUUCCCAGGUGGCAUCACCCCACCUUCCCAAUCCCCCUACUCCUGCCCUGUGGACCCCUCCACCUGCCUCCCAGUCUGUAGGUGGCAGGUGCUAAUUCUCCUGGCUGCUGUGUCUCAUUAAAGUGCAGAG